AUGGCUCGGGAAAUAGCCGUCCCGGCACCAGGCACAGCCAACAAACUCGGGCCCAGCAACACUUCUGGAAUUGAGACAGUAAAAGGGAUAACCCUCAAGUACCUCCGGCCACACACCGAGAUCAGCAACGACUUCGACGAGCUGAAAUUUCACGCCGCAGCAUCCCGCCAAUUGCAAUGGCAGCAUGACGGGUCUCUUGCAUCCGGAGAAGAGGGACGAGAUACCCGGCUAAUCGCCUCCCCGUACAACGACGUGCCCCAUCUUCUCGACCUCGAGACACUCGACACGCAGAGCCGAUUUCUCGCGCUCGCUCUGGCAUCUUUCAGGUCUGUUCGCGACGAUUAUGCGACAGCGCCGUACAUUGAUAACUUCAAUUGGAAUGAAGUCUUUGGUCUCGUGAAAGCUUUCGCCGACGUGGAAGGGCAUAUCUGGAAGGCGCAGACGUUCUAUGUUGUCGCGUUUCGAUCUAUCCUUCUUCCGGGCGCCGAUAACGAUCAUCUGCAUGCGCUUGAUGCAUAUUCGCACCAAGAGGCUGUUGCCAGUGGUGGGUUGUUGAAGUAUUGGUUUGGGACGAAGGAUGAGAAGAGGCAGAAUCUCGCAACUUGCAUUUGGCGCAGUCGAGAAGAUGCUCGUCUGGGUGGUCGGGGACCUUGGCAUGCGAAAGCGAUAGCCGCAGCGAGGGAGCUGUAUGAGAAAAUCACUUUCACGACGAUGAAGUUGAUAAUUGAGGAUGACGUGAAGACUUGGUCGAUUGGAGAUUGGAAAGACUCGGCCUGA